CUGUUGCUCAGCGUGUCUGUCUCGUACUGGUUGUCGGUGUUGUCCUUGUGCUGGUGUUGCUGGUGUUGCUGCAGACACUCCGCCACGACUGGAAGCUUAGAACACACCACGCUAUACUGGAGUAAACUAUACUGCACGGCAGAAAAGGGGGGAAAGAUCGUUUGAGCGGUUGUUUGUUAUUGUUGCGACUUCUAUAAUUGCAUUCUGCUACAGAGUAUAGAAGAUGCUGGUUUCGACAAAUCGACAUCAGUUAUCGUCCGACAUACACACGAUCCUUUCGGACCCAAAGGAGUUUGGGUGCAAGAACGACAAUGUCAGGAUCAAACUAUUGGAGUAUUUGAAGGACCUAGAGUCGGAGAACACGAACUUGAAGAAAGCGCUGGAAAUCAAGUCCAAGCGAAACGAGGCUUUCCGGAACUCUUUGUCUGAGAUAGGCGAGGUGAUAACGUCCGUUGCCCUUGGAGAUCUCUCGAAAAGAGUGAUUCUCAACGAUCCGGAGAUCUUCAAGGUCAAGAAGACGAUCAACUUCAUGGUGGAUCAGUUGGACAACUUCACGACAGGCGUCAACGAGUUGGCGAACCAGGUUGCCAACGGAAAGUUGGGUGGGAACGUCAAAUACCAAGACGCUAAAGGGGUUUGGAACGACUUGAUUGUGAACGUGAACGCCAUGGCUAAUAACUUGACCAACCAGGUGAGAGAGAUCUCCAUCGUCACCUCGGCUGUCGCCAACGGUGACUUGUCCCAGAAGAUCAAGGUCGAAGCACAAGGUGAAAUAUAUGCAUUGCAAAACACCAUAAAUACAAUGGUGGAUCAGUUGCGAACAUUUGCGUUCGAGGUUACAAGGGUUGCCCGAGAAACAGGUGUCGAAGGUAGAUUGGGGGGACAGGCUCAAAUUCAAAACGUUUCUGGUAUUUGGGAAGAGUUGACUGAUAACGUCAAUGCGAUGGCGUUGAACUUGACCACACAGGUGAGAAACAUCGCCAACGUCACCACGGCUGUGGCAAACGGUGAUCUAUCGACCAAGGUCACUGCAAAUUGUAAAGGUGAGAUUCUAGAGUUGAAAAACACCAUCAAUGGAAUGGUGGAUAGAUUGAGAACAUUCGUCGAAGAGGUGAGAACCUUGGCCACCGAGGUCGGCACCAAGGGUAUAUUGGGAGGACAGGCUAACGUUACAGAUGUCGAAGGUGCUUGGAAAGAUGUCACUCAAAAGGUCAACGUCAUGGCCAACAACUUGACAAAUCAAGUCAGAUCGAUCGCAACCGUCACGACGGCUGUUGCCCAUGGUGACUUGUCCCAGAAAAUUACUGUUGAAGCUCAAGGUGAAAUUUUACAAUUGAAGGACACAAUCAACAAGAUGGUGGAUUCUUUGCAAGUCUUUGCAAUAGAAGUUACCAAGGUGGCCAAGGAAGUCGGUAUCGACGGUAAAUUGGGUGUACAGGCAGAAGUAAACGAUGUCGAAGGUCUAUGGAAAGAAAUCACAACCAACGUCAAUACAAUGGCAUCCAACUUGACAUCGCAAGUCCGUGCCUUUGCUCAGAUCACUGCAGCUGCAACAGAUGGUGAUUUCACAAGGUUCAUUACUGUCGAAGCAUCUGGUGAGAUGGAUGCCUUGAAGACAAAGAUUAAUCAGAUGGUCUUAAAUUUGAGAGAAUCGAUCCAAAGGAACACUGCUGCAAGAGAAGCAGCAGAGUUGGCCAAUAAAACAAAGUCCGAGUUUUUAGCCAACACAUCACACGAAAUCAGAACCCCAAUGAAUGGUAUUAUAGGUAUGACACAGCUAACAUUAGAAACAGAGUUGACCCAAUAUCAACGUGAAAUGUUGUCUAUCGUUCACAAUUUGGCAAACUCUUUAUUGACAAUUAUCGACGAUAUUUUGGACAUCUCCAAGAUCGAGGCAAACAGAAUGACUAUUGAGCAAAUCGACUUUUCAUUGCGAACAACAAUGUUCGGUGCGUUGAAAACUUUGGCUGUCAAGUCCAUUGAAAAGCAGUUGGACUUGAUUUACGAAGUUGACUACUCAUGUCCUGAUUACCUUGUCGGUGAUUCCUUCCGUCUCAAGCAAGUCAUCCUCAAUUUGAUUGGUAAUGCAAUCAAGUUUACUAGUAAGGGUAAGAUCAUAGUUUCCACAACAAAGCGUGAAACUGUGAGUGAAAAAAUCAAGCUAGAGUUCUGCGUCUCGGAUACAGGUAUCGGUAUACCAAAGGAUAAGUUAGACCUGAUCUUCCACAAUUUCUGCCAGGCAGAUGGUUCAACCACUAGAAAAUUCGGUGGUACCGGUUUAGGUUUAUCGAUUUCUAAACAAUUGAUACAUUUGAUGGGAGGUGAUAUAUGGGUCACCUCUGAGUAUGGCAAAGGUUCAAAGUUCUUUUUCACCAUCUUAGUUUCGACAGUAGAUAUUACAUUGAAAAAGCAGUUGGAAAUCUUACGUCCAUAUAGGUCUCAUAAAGUGUUGAUCGUGGCAACAGAAGUCAUCAAAAUCAAUUUGGAGGUCUUGAUGUCGAAUCUUUCAAAUUUGAAACUGGAUCCUCACAUCUUAAAAAUAAACGAAUUAAAUAACGAGUUACGUAUUCCAGAUGCAGAUUCUUAUGACACAAUUAUUAUAGAUUCCUUACAAACAGGUUACAAGCUAAGACUAUUACCAGAAAUCAAGUAUAUACCAUUGGUUCUCUUACACCCAUGUUUACCAGAGUUGAAUAUGAGAGUCUGCUUAGACCUUGGUAUCACAUCCUAUGGUAAUAUUCCUUGCUCAAUUACAGAUUUAGGAUCUGUACUAUUACCUGCCCUCGAAUCCAAGAUUCUACCUCCAGAUAAUGAUGGAACAGUUUCGUACAAGAUUUUAUUGGCGGAAGACAAUUUGGUGAAUCAAAAAUUGGCUGUCAAGAUUUUGGAAAAACAUGGUCAUAAGGUUGUCGUUGUCGAAAACGGCCAAGAGGCAGUUGAAGCAAUCCAGAAUGAUACCUACGAUGUCGUUUUGAUGGACGUUCAAAUGCCUGUCAUGGGUGGUUUUGAGGCUACGGGUUUGAUCAGAGAAUGGGAGAAAAAGAAGUACGCCGAUGCCGCCAUAUGUUUCAAAACUCCAAUUAUUGCAUUGACUGCCCAUGCCAUGUUGGGUGACAGAGAACGUUGUUUGAAGGCCCAAAUGGAUGAGUAUCUUUCCAAGCCUUUGAAGCCUGGUUUAUUACUACAGACGAUUUCCAAAUGUAUACAUAACAUGAAUCAGCUUCGAGAAAUUAGUCAGCUCGGGGAUGGUAGCAGGGACGUCAACUCGUCAGAGUUCAAGCAAUACGUUAAUCGAGAAUUGCUGAAACGAAACAGUACCGAAAAUGCUUUGACCUAUGAUAAGACCGGCGAUUAG